CUCCAGUGAGGCUGAAAACCAUCGACUAACAACAACAGCCAAGGCGUUACUUUUAAACAUAUUAUUUUACAGAGCCUACACUUAUGUUGAAUCUUGAAUAGAAAAUUCACUGGACAAUAAAUUAAACAAAAACUACUAAUGAAAACUGUCUAAAGACUCAACCCUCCCACACAGAAAUAUAAACAACUUCCGGGUCGCCCUUAGCAUAGCGGAAGCAUUUUAACCCGCGCAUGUUGUUGACCAAGAUGGCGGCGCACGACACAAAAAACAACAAAGCGGCGAAACCAGGACGAAAAGGCGACCAGCCGCUGGUAAUUGCCAAGUCUCCCGCGGAAGAACAACGCCUUAAAUUGGAGAGACUGAUGCGGAACCCCGAUAAACCCGCUGCAAUCCCGGAUCGACCAAAAGAGUGGAACCCCCGGGCUCCGCCGGAGUUCGUCCGAGACGUGAUGGGUUCCAGCGCUGGCGCAGGCAGCGGUGAGUUCCACGUCUAUCGGCACCUUCGACGCCGAGAAUACCAGAGACAAGACUUUCUGGACAAAAUGGCUGUAAAGCAAACCAAGGAGCAGGCCUAUUUGGAUAAAGUGGAACAAAACCAACGCGAGGCAGAAGAGAGGACGGCAAAGCGGAGGAAGAAGCGGGAAAAACUCAAGCAGAAGAAACUUUUGGCAAAGAAAUCCAAACAAGACCAAAAAAAUAGUGAUGCAGAGAAAAGCACAGACAGCAGUGAGGACGAAAAGAAGAACGAGGAGGUGGAAAAAGAAGCUGAAGAUGAUGCUGAGGUUCCUAGCUUCAUUAUGGGGAAAAAGUAGUCCCUUUUGCAACGGACACUUAUUGGAAACUAUUCGUUGCCGUUUUUGGCUAACGAAGGAGUGGAUAUGGACCUCUAGAAAAUAUGACUGGUCACAUAUUUUUUAAAAAGCAAGUUUUGACUACUCUGCGUGAUUAACUAGCCAUAAAGCUAGUGAUGACCCUUUUCAUAGUGCAGACGUUAGCUUUGCAUUGUGUCAAGAAAUCUCAUAUGCACUCUUGAGUUAUGAAAAUAAUCAGUUUCACUCUCAUUUGUAAAUUUUGUUAAUAAAAAAAAAAAAAAAAGAAGAAAAAAAAGGUAAUUCACAGUGUUAAGUAGUUUUUUUCCCCAAAUCCCCUUUAAAAGCAGUUUGAAACAAUAUCCUUGACAUCGAGUUUUCAUGUUCAUGUACGCUUUUGGUCUUCAAUCGUAGUAACUUGUAAACUACCGCAGGACAACUAUUACUAAUUACUUAUAAAGUAAAUCUUGGCAACUGCAUGCCUUAUAUUACUUAGAAAAUCCAAAUGUUGUAGUGCUGCACCAAUUAAUCGAUUAACUCGAGUAAGUCGAUUAGAAAAUAAGAUUCCAAUUCAAUUUUGCCGCUUCGGGUAUUCGUUUAAUUAAAAUGGCGUUGUAAUGGUUUGUUUUGAAAUUGUUUGCAUUUAGUUUUAUUGAUUUGAGUGGAUACACUGCCUUCUAGUGGCAGCAGUUAAUAUGACAUCACACAUUGCGUAUGGUUGAAUUCAGCUGCUCCCUGUUAAGACCAACUUAAGAUAAGUUUUUGUUUGAGCCAGUUUUUUUUUUUUUUAAUGCAUUCGUAAUUUAGUUUUAGUUUUAUUGUGGGAAUAUGUGUUUGAACAUUUAUUAAGAACAUUGUAAAUAUUUUUUUUUUUUUUUGCAUUUUAUAGCAUUUAAGAUAGUGGACUAUUGCAAUGUAAGUUAGCUAAUUGUUCUUUUGUCGUACUUCGAUCCUCAUUUUUUAAAUACCGUUUGAGGCUUAACUAAAGUGUUUUAAUUAUUAAUGUUCCGAUUACUUGAUUAUUCGAACUAACUACAGUGCCUUGCAAAAGUAUUCGACCCCCUUGAACCUUGCAACCUUUCGCCACAUUUCAGGCUUCAAACAUAAAGAUAUAAAAUUUUAAUUUUUAUGUCAAGAAUCAACAACAAGUGGGACACAAUCGUGAAGUGGAACAAAAUUUAUUGGAUAAUUUAAACUUUUUUAACAAAAAACUGAAAAGUGGGGCGUGCAAUAUUAUUCGGGCCCCUUGCGUUAAUACUUUGUAGCGCCACCUUUUGCUCCAAUUACAGCUGCAAGUCGCUUGGGGUAUGUUUCUAUCAGUUUUGCACAUCAAGAGACUGACAUUCUUGCCCAUUCUUCCUUGCAAAACAGCUCGAGCUCAGUGAGGUUGGAUGGAGAGUGUU